AUGAGUGCCAACAAAGGUACAUACGCUGCUGUGGUGGCUAAUGGGAAAUCUCGUCAAGAAUCCAGUUCAGAACAAGGGGACGCGCCUCCUCCAUAUUCAGGCCCCUCGCAGCCUAUUUAUCCAGCUCCAACUGCACAUCAUCCACCCCUUGGACCAUCAUCUGCCAGUGCCGCCGAGGCUGGUGUUCCGGAAGGAGGAUGGGAGGCACAUAACAUGCGAAUGGCGAGAUCAAGAGCUAUAAGACGGUUUUGGGGAGCGAUGUUUUGGGCAUGGGUCAUUUGGAUUUUGGUCGGUUUCAUCAUCGGCGGCGGUGUCAGCGACGUCUCCUCCGCUCCUAUGGGUCGACACGGUCAUUGGGACAACGAUGGUCACUGGGUACCCGAUCCUGUAUACACUUACGUUCCGGAUGAUGGUCAUACGACUCGUACUUGGCGUCGAAAACCUUCAUACACUCCUCUACUUGCUCCUGUCGAAACAAACAUCGUUGUCGAUUAG